GUUAGUCCGUCGAACCAAGUGCCGAAAAACGAAACCCCAAACGAGAUGUUCAAGCUAACGAUGCUGAUGGGCCUGGCCCUCAUCCUGGCUCCUUCAACGAUCCAGGCCAAAUCCCUGUGUCGCAGCAGCGGCUACUUCGCCCAAGUGGAUAACACACCCAACUUCUACGCCUGCCAGUCCACCGGCAACGGUGGCUACUCCAUGCGCUUCCUGCGCUGUCCCGCUGGUCUGAUCUUCAGCUCCUCGCUGGCCCAGUGCGUCCAGUCCAUUUCCGCGUUUGAGGCUCGUGACGAUAGCAACAUCGAGAACCCCACCAUUCCGCCAAACAGCCUGGAUGCUAGCACUGAGAGCACCGAGAGCCCUGAGAGCACGGCGGCUACUUCCACCACAGAGAAACCAGCCACUGAGGCACCUGGCACCACCGAGGAACCAGCUACUGAUGCUCCUGGCUCCACUGAGAAACCCGCCACCGACGCUCCUGGAACCACUGAGAAACCCGUCACCGGCGCUCCUGGAACCACUGAGGAACCCGCUACCGGCGCUCCUGGAACCACUGAGAAACCCGCUACCGGCGCUCCUGGAACCACUGAGGAACCCGCUACCGGCGCUCCUGGAACCACUGAGAAACCCGCUACCGGCGCUCCUGGCACCACGGAAAAACCUGCUACUGAUGCUCCGGGAACCACCGGUGCACCAGCCACCGAUGCACCUGGCACCACGCAAAAACCAGCCACCGAUGCUCCUGGCACCACAGAAAAACCCACAACCGACGAGCCGACCACCGAUGAGACCAGCAGCGAUGAGCCCAAUACCGAGACCACUGAAAGCGGCGACGUGACCACCAGCGAUGACGCGGAAACCACCGAAGAGGACAAUGUGUGCGCCACCACCGGAAUGUUCCCCACGAACAGCUGCACCCACUUCAUCAUCUGCAGCUACGCCGACGGGGACGAGCUGAAGGGCUACACCAAGAAGUGUCCUGGCGAGAUGCAGUUCGAUCCCUUCAACAGCGUUUGCUCCGCAGAUUAUGACUGCACUGCAAUGAAGUAA